UCUACAGUUGCACAACUCGGUGUAAUAAAUUUAUAUAUAAUAUUAUAGAAGUGUAUAUAAUAAAAUCUCCAAAAAAUAUUAAAUAUUAAAAUAUAUUUUCCAGGAAAGAAUUUGAAUCAGCAUUUAGGUUAUUUUUGUACUCUUGGUGCUUCCUAUACAAGCAAUAAAUGCAUAAAUAAAUAAAUAAUAAAUAAAUAAAUUCCCGGAACAGCAACACUUCCUGCGCACUACACUGAAGGUUAUGCAGCUUCUUGUUGCUCGCCAACGCUUUUUUUUUUUUGCUAUCUUGAAUUAGGGCUUUACUAACAAUGUCAGCAGUCGUGCACGUUUUGCUGCCCUUCUUUCUCUGCAUUGCUUUGGCGAACACUGACAUUUUCAACAAUGUGCUGGUGGACAUGUCCUACGAUGACUACGCCGAGAAGAGAGUGGAUCAGCUUCCUGGCUUUCUGGCCAUGCCGUUUAACUGUCUCGUCAACGUGGGUUACAUUAUAGUUGGGGUUUACUGGCUGAGCCGGAAGAUGGAUGAUCCCCGCGCCGCUUACACCAAGGACGUGUUCGCGCUUAUGGCCCUGGCGUACGGACCGGUCCAGUGGACGCGCCUGGCCACCCUGCGCCGCGCUCCUUCCGUCCUGGACCAGUGGUUCACGCUGCCCAUAUUCGCCUGGGUGCCGGUUUGGUGUCGGGUCAUUACGCACGGCUGGUCCGCUCGUUACGCGCUGACUGUGGAGGUGUGCUCUGUGGCGAGCUACGCGCUGGCGCUGCUGCAUGAGCGCGGCUUUGAGUUGGCUCUCGGUGCUCACAUCGCCGUGGCGCUGCUGCAGGCCGCCGCCGCUCAGCGCGUCUCCGGAGACCCGGCGUCUCUGCGCUAUUUCAUCCACGCUGGGCUGUCCUGUGCAGGAUUCGUGCUUUUAAAGCUCCUGGACCACGAGCUGGCCAAAUUCUGGCUCUUUCAAAACCUCACUGGACACUUCUGGUCCAAAGUGUGCGACAUUUUGCAGUUCCACUACAGUUUCUGUUUUCUUACGCACCUUACGCAAAUUGCGCACAAACGAACGUGUUAGAGCAGUGACUAAUGUACUAGUGACUAGUAAAGCUAAUGUACGCCCUCUAAUCCUUUUUAUUCUAUAAAGAUAUUAUAAUUUUUAAAUUAUAUUUUAGUUUGUUUCGAUGUAUUUACAAUAAAGUAUGAAUUACUUACAUUACUACAUAGCAUUAGAUUGAUUCGUUAUGCUUAUGAAGAGCAGCUCAAACUGUUUUACAGAACUUCUGCAACUUAUUUUUUUUUCAAUAAUUCAAGUGAUAAUACAGACAUAAAGGAAGACACUCAGACAAUUUGAAUAAGAUACAUUAGUAAUAAAAUUUCUUUUUUAACUCAAUAUUUAAAAAAUAGGUAACUUUUCUGCUGCCAUUUAAUGCAAAUGAUUGCCAAAUAAAUUGGUUAAUGCACAAAUAGAAAAGUGCUGCUUCUCAAA